GUGAUGGGUCGUUCGUGGAGGUACAGUGUCUCUGCCUGCAUGUGCGCCCUCCUCUUUUCUCUCUCACUAUCUUGCGAAGCACGGCAAUGAAUCUUUGCGUCGCGUCUGUCAACCUCUCCUUCGUUUCUCUCCGUCCUUCGUUCUGAGCUUGCACUAUGGCGCAUGCAGCUGCUCCGCUGCUGCUGGGCCUGUUCUGUUCGUUUGCCUCUUUUGCCCGCGGCGUUGCGAACUUAACAACACUGGGAAAGCCCAUCAGCAUCCCUCCAAGCCAGUACUGGGAUGGAGAUGAUGGAAGCUGGUCCACAUUUCGCGUUCAAGUUGGAACUCCCGCCCAACAGGUUCGCCUGCUGCCGGCAUUGGACCAGUCGUCAACUUGGCUUAUUGUGCCUGAAGCACUGUCAACAUGCACCGACAAGGCUGAGACCUGUGAGGACGAUCGCGGUUACUAUUACCGAAGGAACCAGUCCAGUACUUGGGACCAGCACGGAUCAUUCGAACUUUCAACUUUCGUCGAAGCGCCCGUGGGACUUACCGGAGUCGGCUUGUAUGGCUUCGAAACUAUCCAGCUUGGUUGGCAAGGAGACGGCCUUCCUUCGCUCACCCAUCAGGUCGUCGCCGGAAUAUACACUGAAAGCUUCUACGUUGGAAGUCUCUCGUUGAAUCCCCGACCCAUGAACUUCACCGACUUCAAUGACCCUCAACCCAGCCUGAUGCAGAGUCUGAAGAACAUGAGCACGCCUAUUCCGAGCACCUCCUGGUCCUACACAGCGGGCUCAAACAAUCUAUCUCCCAAAGUGUUCGGAAGUCUUACCAUUGGAGGGUACGAUUCCACUAGGUUCGUGGCAAACAACGUCACGUUCCCAUUCGGCGCCGACAUCUCAUUAGACUUCCAAGUUGCUAUCCAGGCCAUCACCACAGAUCUCAUCAGCACCCCGCUCUUGAAAUCAGGCAUUAUUGCCUAUAUCGACACCCUCAUCGCACACAUAUGGCUCCCCUUGGAAGCCUGCAAACUCUUCGAAGACGCCUUUGGCCUGGUAUGGGAUAAUAAGACUGAGUUGUAUCUGAUGAACGAUACGACACAUGAUGCUUUGCUUGCAAAGAACCCAAAUAUCACCUUCAAGGUGGGUCCUCAGGUGACAGGUGACUCUGUGUCAAUCGUCUUACCUUAUUGGAACUUCUAUCAAACGGCGAAGCCGCCUUUUAUCAACUCGACUUCGCUAUACUUUCCGCUUAAAAGGGCCCAGAAUGAAUCUCAGUAUCUUCUCGGCCGUACGUUCCUCCAGAGCGCAUAUAUUUCUGCCAACUACGACCGAGACACCUUCAGCCUCUCCCAGGCACUUUAUCCUGCCUCAAGUGUAGCUCAGAACAUUGUUCCCAUCUUCCCUGAGGUUGCAACUACCAAUACCACUGGACCACAAAAUACAGGAAAAGACAAUAGUAGUACCUUAUCGACAAGUACUAUCGCAGGUAUUGCUAUUGGGGCCGUCGCCAUCGUCUGCAUCGUUUCCAUUGCCGUAUUCUUCAUGUACCGCCGCAAGAAGCGUCUGGCCGCCGAUAUACAUAGGAAGCGCGCUGAACUCGAGGGUGAAGACACUCAAGCUAUAAGCGGUGAUAAAGGUCCCAAAAUUGAGAUUGAUAGCGGGGAGAGGCAUGAGAUUGGAGGCGACUCGCACGGGAAUACUGAACUUUCUUCUGGUCACGAGCACAUCAAGAUCGCCGAAGUCGACGGUGAUACGACAAUCCUCCAUGAAAUGCCGGCUGAAGAUGUUAAUAUGCCAGAGCUGGAAGGAUCUAAUGUGGCGGAAGUAGGAAACUCGCUCGAUCUUGGACGAAGGCCUGUGGGAAUUUCGACAGUAAUCACGCCGCCAACGCCGCAGCUAUCACGAAAGAAAUCACCGAAAUCCUGAGUCGCCGGAGAAAUCUUUUUAGGCUAAGAAGUAGUUUUCUUGUUCGCUGCUUGUGAGAUCAUUGGGGUCACGCCUCUGAGCACAUUUGCUGCAUCCGCUCCACCUGUCCACAUCGUAAUUGAUAAUUCCAUAUCACAGCAUUGAUCAACUGCGGCGAACAACAAAGGUUUCUUUAUCGCCAUUCAUUCCGGGCACAUAUCGGCCUGGACUGCUAGUAUAACAAAGAAGCCGCAUCAAUACAUGAUGUUCUUCUCAACACGUUUUCGUCCGUUU